AUUGCUAGAAAGACGAAGCAUAAAAUCUCGGUAAAUGCAAAGUUGGAGAGUCUUGAAGAACGGUUGAAGAUGAUUCGAAAUCACGCCAGCGACUUGGCCAUACGGCGUGAUUUUAAUCAGAAACUGCUCACUGAGCAUUCGGUUCAGCUGGAGACUGAGGAUCAUCUAUAUCGUUUGAGCGGUAAUACCGAAUCAUUAUUGCGCCAAGAGACGCACGAAUUCGAGAAGGAAUGGAUGGAUGUACAUCGUAGAGUAUCAAGUGUGGAGAAAGAAUUGAUUAGAGUGGUAAGGAAACUGGCCGAGGCGAAAGAAAUGGUCCAAUUCGACGAGAACAGCUUACGCAAAUGGGAAGAGAUGCUUACGCGGAAGAACGAGGAUAGUCAACUGAUAGAGGAUUACAUGAAGCAGGAUACGCAAAAAUACAAAGAAUUAGAACAAAAACGGCAGAAACUCAGCAUGGAACUCGAAAUUUAUCGUCAAACUAUUAUCAAAACUGUCGGUGAAGUACGAGAGAUGGAGAUCGUUCUGAAUCGUACAGCAAAACUGUACAUGGAAGCAUUAAAAGAACGUAAACAGAUGAUAAACCAAUGGAUUCAAAGUGUCAACAUUCUGCGCCAGAGAGACAACGAUAUACAGAAUGGUCUAAGGGAAAUCGAAACGUUGCGAGAGAUCAGCAGGGAGAAAAAGAAAAAUCUCGAAGAAGUAGAACAAUUUUUGAAGGAUCAAAUUGUAAAUAACAAAGAAAUAGAGCAGUUGAUUAAAUACUCGGAAAAGAAACUUAGUGUAGUCCAAGAAAAACAGCGCAAAAUCGAUAAAACGAUUGACAUCUACGCUAUUGAGCUUCACACCCAGAAGAAGUUAGUGGCAGAUUUGGCACGUCGCGUACAACAAAUCCGAGCUAAUGCAAAGCGUAAAAAAAUCGGGAUCGAGAAUAAACAAAUAAAGGUGGAUGAUUGCAAGAGGCAAAUCAAUGAUUUAAUGUUAACUUUGGCAGAGGUUGAGAAUCAAAAAUUAAAUGUCAAAGAAAAAACAAGACAUUUAGAAAAAAUGAUUGAGCACGACGAGAAACGAAAAUAUGUGAUUAUCAAGGAAUCAAGUCAAUUACAAGCUAUGAUUUUACGUAUAACAAAAAGGAUUGUAGAAUUGGAAAACGAAAGAAAGAUUUUACAGAUCGAAAUGCAGAGCGAGUACAAAAAAGUUGAUUUGCUCAAUGCUUUGCUCGUAAAAGAAAACAAACUUGUAGGAGAGAAAAAAGAAGCUCUUUAUCAAGUGAGUUUCAGUUUGCAGAAGUGCGAAAUGAAGCUUGAACAAAUUAAAGGGCAUAAGCGUGAUAAGAGUGAAGCCGAAAAGAAACAGAUGAGAAUUGAGGAGCUGCAAGCUGUAUUCAAAGAAAAAACAGCUACAUCUAAAUUAUUGCAAAAUCAAAUUGUCAGUUUGGAACACGAUAUGAAAAAAGUUUCUACUGGCUUAUUGAAUGAAAAUGACGAACUCGAACGGUUACGGAGCAAGAAGCAGGAUUUAUUGUUACUGUUAGAUGGAGGCGAGAAACGACUGAAAAUCGCAGAAUCCCGGAACGAAGAAAAACAAGUGGAAGAAAAUAUAAUACGCCUUCAAGUGUUACAGUUGAAGCGAAUGACAUCGAACGUGAGCGAUAAAGUCUACGAUUUAGAAAAGUAUCGUCUUCAUCUCGAAGCUACGCUUAAAGAGCGUGCAGCAGAGAUUGCAGCGCAGAAAGAGGCGUUUGCCAUACAGAAGAGGGUCGCUGGCAACGAAUGCUCGGAUUUGCGUACUGCUAUUAUUGAUAGAAAAAGCAGGAUACGACAGUUGCAGGUCCGAUAUGAUAGCAGCGUCGCAACAAUAGGUACUACCGUGGAUGGAGCGCCGAUGAGCACCGCAUACUUAAAGAUACAAAGUGCUCAAGAACGGUACAUGCUGCGAGAACAAGGCGACAAGUUAGAUGAAACAAUCAGACGAACAGAGCAGGAAAUACGUAGCAUGGAAAACACAUUGCGUGUAGUAAACGUAUGUAACGACAAAUAUAGGGACAGUAUGAGCAUGGUUGAUCAGGACGGACCUGAAUGGACGGAACAAAACAGACUCGAUGAGCAGAUGCGUAAUGCACAACAGAAGCUAUUGCAAAAACAAACGCAACUGCAACGAUUGUUUGAUAAAUUACAGAAAACGCAGAAUGAUUAUACUCAAUUGCUCAACGAUAUCGAAAAAAGCAAAGAAGAAAAGGAAAAUAAAGAACGUUACUUAUCAGGUAUUGAGAAACAAACAGCAGAACAAGAAGAGAAGAUAUCCAGAGCCAAUAAGAACCUUCGUAAAGUACAGAAGGAUAUACAAAAUUUAUAUAUUUCUAAAAAGGACGACACUGUGCUUCUGCAACAGAGAGAAGUGGAAUUGCGAGAGCUUCAAGAACAAAACGCCCUAGUUCUUCAAGAUAUCGCGGAGUUCACGAUUCGUCAUGUAGAAGCUGAAGCGUAUGUUAAGAAAUUGCUGAUAGCCAAGAACAUUGAGUUACCAUAUUUUCCUUCAUCGAUUAAAUCGCCUUGUGAUAGUUCCGCAAGCACGAUAGAUCAUUUGAAGAGUACGAGUCGCAUAAGUGCCUUUACAUCAUCAAGGGAGAGUAUCAGUAGCGUAAUUAAAAUAGAGCCGCAAUUUGAGGAACGUACGUACAUUAAGAAAGUAUUAUUAUGA